AUGUUUGGAAAGGUGAAGGGGCUCCUCAGCGGCCCCCAGCUGCCACAGGCUUCAGGGGCCCCCUCAGGGGCGGCCCCUAACCCAGCUCCAACAUCAGCUCCGGCUCAAGCUAAGGAGGAGAAAGCAGCUGAGAAGAAUGAGGACAAGAAAAAAGACAAACCACAGGCCCCAGCUCCUGCAGCACCGGCUCCUGCAACACCGGCUCCUGCCUCAGCUCCUGCUCCAGCAGCUGCUCCAGUCAACCCAGAUCAACCUGGACCUGAAGGAGGUGAUGCUCCUGCUCCUCCUCCUCCCAUCAUCAUCAACAAAUAUUCAGAUGAACAGCUAAGACUGAUCGUGAAGAAGAUGAGGGAAAGGCUGGAGCUUUAUAAGGAGAAGGUUCAGGAUAAAUAUGCUUCAUCUCCAGAGAUCAGCCCUCCUGUCACCCCUCUGCUUGGUAAGGUGCGCUACGCCCAGGUAAUAGAUGAGAGGAAGAGGCAGGCAGAAGAGGAGCGCAUCAAGAAGGAGGAGGCAGAGAAGAAGAAGAAGGAGGAGCAGGAGAAGAAGAAGAAGGAGGACGAGCAGAAGAAGAAGGAGGAGGAGGAGAAGAAGAAGGCUGAGGCCAAAGAGGAGAAAAAAGAGGAUAAGAAGGACCUGAAGACCCAGUUCCUAGAGACUGCCUGGUCCACUAUCGACAUGGUCCUGAAGCCUGUGGAGGACCAGAUGGACUCGGUUCUGGGGUCGACCAUAGACCCGUUUACAGACCGCCGCUACAUCGCCUGGCUCAGCUUGGUCACUCUGGCGUUUAAUUACAACACAUGGUUUAUCACAGCCCGCCUCUGCUUCCCCUACCACACCGAGACCGCCAUCCCCAUCUGGUUCGCUCUGGAUCUGUUAGCAGACCUGAUCUAUCUGACUGAUUCUAUUGUGUUCCAGGCUAGGAAGCAGUUUGUCAAAGGAGGAGACAUCAUCAAAGACCGAGUCCUGACAAAGAAGAACUACCGGGAGUGUGAGAGAUUCAUGACAGACAUGUGUUGCCUCAUCCCCUUCGACCUUCUCUACUUCCAGUUUGGCUUUAAAUCCAUUUUCAGAGCCAACCGGCUGCUCAAGGCGGACACGUUCUUUGAGUUCAGUGAUCGUCUGGAGAGCAUCAUGGCUAAAGCUUACAUCUGGAGAGUGAUUCGGACCAUUGGAUAUCUUCUCUUCAUGCUCCACAUCAACGCCUGCUUCUACUACGUGGCGUCAGACUUUCAGGGCAUCGGGAAGACCAAGUGGGUUUACUCUGGUCAGGGCAGCGCGUACCUGCGUAGUUACUACUUUGCUGUCCGCAGUCUGAUCAACAUCGGGGGUUUAAACGAACCUCACACUGUCUUUGAGAUCGCUUUUCAGAUGACUAACUUCUUCGUGGGUGUCUUUGUGUUCUCCAGUCUGAUUGGACAGAUGAGGGAUGUUAUCGGAGCUGCCACGGCGGGUCAGACUUACUUCAGGUCAUCUAUGGAUAACACCGUCUCCUACAUGGUCAACAACAGAAUCCCAUCUCUGGUCCAGAACAGAGUCCGCACCUGGUACACCUACACCUGGGAUGCGCAGGGCAUGCUGGACGAGUCUGAGCUUCUCGAUAAGAUGCCUCUGGUGAUGAGGACGGCCAUUGCUGUCGACAUCAACCUCACCACAUUCCAGAAGAUCGAUCUGUUCAAGGGCUGUGACCAGCAGAUGCUGGUGGACAUGCUCCUGAGGCUCAAAUCCAUCAUCUAUCUACCUGGAGACUUUGUGGUCAAGAAGGGAGACAUCGGUAAAGAGAUGUACAUCAUAAAGAGCGGAGCAGUUCAGGUGGUAGGGGGACCUGAUAACAGCAUCGUGUUCGUCACUCUGAAGGCAGGCUGUGUGUUUGGAGAAAUCAGUCUGCUGCAGUCGUCCAAAGAUGGCGGAAACAGGCGUACAGCUAACGUCAAAGCUUACGGCUUCGCUAACCUCUUCGUCCUGGAGAAGAAGGACCUGUUUGACAUCCUGGUCCACUACCCUGAGUCUCAGAAAGUCCUGGCCAGGAAGGGACGUAAACUGAUGAAGUCGAAGGGUCCAGCAGCGGCUAAAGCUGAAGAAGAUAAGAAGAAAGGCCUGGCUCUGUUUGGACCCAAACCUGCCACGCCUAAACUGCUGAGAGCUUUUGGAGGAAACAUGAACAGAGCUGUUAUAGAAAGGCUGAAGAGCGCUGCUGCUGGACAGUGA